UUUGAGUAAAAUUACUCAUUUAAUUAAUAAAUCUUACUCAGACAAGAUUUAUUGAAAGUAAUUUAGUUUAAAAUAUGACAUCUAUCAAUGAAGCCUUCCAAAAUUUAUACAAACGCACCGAAAGCGUUGACUUUUUAAACGAAAAAGUCGAAGGUUAUGCAUGGAAAGAUGGCGUUAAUUAUUCAAAAAUACUUGAAUCCUACCUUAAGACUGGUUUCCAAGCGACGAAUUUCGGACGGGCCGUGCAGGAAAUCAACAGGAUGUUGAAACUUCGCGACUUGGAACUGCCUUCUGUGCACACAAACAUCGAUCCCGAGGAUGAAUUCAUCAGCGUGAAGACAAACUGCACGAUAUUUCUAGGUUAUACUUCGAAUAUCGUGUCUAGUGGGUUGCGUGACACUGUUCGGUUUCUAGUACAACACAAUUUGGUUGAUUGUAUUGUAACGACCGCCGGCGGAAUCGAAGAAGAUUUAAUCAAAUGCCUAGCACCAACUUAUCUAGGUUCAUUUACGCUUGCGGGGCGGAAUCUACGCGAUAAAGGAAUCAAUCGCACCGGUAAUCUACUUGUCCCGAAUGAUAAUUACACGAAAUUCGAAGCAUGGAUAAUGCCGCACUUGGACGCCAUGCUACGCGAGCAGAAAGAAAAUGGCGUCGUGUGGUCGCCGAGUAAAAUAAUCACGCGACUCGGCGAACAAAUCAACAACGAGGAGAGUAUUUGUUACUGGGCAGCAAAAAAUCGCAUACCUAUCUUUUGUCCAGCGUUGACCGAUGGUAGUCUAGGCGAUAUGAUAUUUUUUCACGGCUUUAAAAACCCCGGACUCAUCGUCGACAUCGCAGCCGAUGUGAAAAGAAUCAACUUGAUGACAAUCAGGGCUGCCAACACCGGCGCUGUCAUUAUUGGUGGUGGAUUAAUAAAACACCACAUCAAUAAUGCCAAUCUUAUGCGUAACGGCAGUGAUUUCGCUGUUUAUUUAAACACCGCGGCGGAAUAUGAUGGAUCCGAUGCAGGUGCAAGACCUGACGAGGCUGUAUCCUGGGGGAAAAUCAAAAAAGACGCUAAUCCGAUUAAAAUUCAUGCAGAAGCCAGUCUUGUUUUACCGUUAUUAGUCGGAGAAACUUUUGCAAAGCAUUAUUUUAACAAAAUUAAGUGAUUUUAAAGUUUGUAUAGACAUAUUUAUGUGUAUUGCAAUUUUAUAAAUUUAA